UGUUCGUCUCGCUUCGUCCUAGUUCCACGUCAGCCGUAGACGUCCUACCGCCUCGUCCUGGUAGGCGUCGCGACGCUUCGCGGCGUGCGCCGACGGUAACGUCGCGUCGACUGGAAUCGCGUGGCGUAGCCAGGCAACGCGCAUAAUAUGACCGGCCGUAAUAGUUUCAAACGAAACGGUUGCCGGAGCGGAUCGGGGGUUUCGAGGGUUUUUCGCGUCGCGACGCGAUCCCUCCGAUUUUUUUACGUCGCUGCGAUCGACGAAGGACGAACGAGACCACGUGACACCAGUGGAUUUCUUUUGAAAAAAUCGUGGGAACGCUCGAAAAAUGAACAAAAUUUCAUUCGAAUCUAUACGCGCCUAAUCAAUCCAUAAGGGUGGAGGCAUGCGACCGCAGCGAGCAUUUCGACCGUGGAAACCCUGGGGGAUUGAAGAUCGAAUAAUUCGAUGCAAAUUCGCUGGGGAGACAUCCAGGAUAUAGAAUACGGUGUCAAACUUCCUUCGGCGUUUGAAAAUGUCCCCCGGCCCGAAUCCACGGACCAAAAGGUCCACGUUCCGGAGAAUGGCUGUGUUGGCCGCUAUCGAGGUCAAUUCUGCCAACAAACGGAACGCAACGAACGUUUCAGAGGACGUGGCCAUCUUGCCAGGAUACAAUGUCACCACCACGGCUAGCGGUGCAGCUAGCAAGACGAGCCACUUUGAGACGGAUUUGCAUGGGAAUGUUAACAUUCUUCUCGGUGGAGCGAUGCUCAGCGGCGUGAUUAUGGUCGUCGCCCUUAUGUGUUACUGUUGCCACAAGAGCAUGCGGAAGAACCGACCGCAAGAGUACCCACAAUACUGGAGGACAGAAUCGGACGUCCACAGCCUCGAAGUGUUCACAACGGAAGCCCACGCUACAUGCUGCGAGAGACAAUCAGCCACGGAAGGACACGUGGACGAGAGUACAUACGGAGCUCCCUCGUGUCCCGUGACCCCCAGCCCUCGACCAGGACCACCACCGACCUACGACAGCCUCAUCUUCGAUCGUAAGAGUCUGCCCGUCAGCAUCGACAAAAAGUUGGACGGUCCUGACACACCUGGUACCAUAAUUCCUUCCAUGGUGUCCACGCUUCUAGGGCUCGCGACUUCGCCUGUGAUAUCCACGGAGUGCAACGAGUCCACGGAGCAAGAAACGUCCGCAGUCGACGAGGGUUUGCCGUCUUACGAGGCAGCUUUAAAGUUGGACGCCAAUGGUUACGUCUAAUCGAAGGCCACGCCUAGCUUCUAAUCAGGGAAGCAGUGAAUUUUACGAUUCUUCGAAUCGAUUACGGUCGAUUCCCUUUGGUGGUUGCGCUCCACGCGUUUCUUACGCUCCGACGAACGGCUGAAACGAUGGAGGAGGGCCGAGGGAGCAGGAACAAUGUUGGGAUUGGUUCUAAUUCUUGACUUCGGUUCUCUGGAGAAGUUAAACGAAGAAAGAGCUUCAUCGACCGAUGCUUCAUCUUCUAUAUUCUAGUCCCUGCUUAACCUUUCGAGGACGGGUGCUUGCAAAUAAGAAAAAAAGAAACUGUUUAGGCAAAUGAAUUGGAGUUCUGUAUAGGAAAAUGGUGAAAAUAGAGCUUUCCUUGGGAGAACACAACCACAUUUAAAAAAAAAAAAAAAGAA